AGUAGUGAGUAGUUUCUGAGUUGACUGCGAUGCUCUGAUGUUGUAUCCUCAUUACUACCUGCUACAGAUUCAUUCGUGUCCCAGUGCCUUCCAGCUCCACCAACAUCUGCUCACACUCCGACUCUACCCCCUCAGUUCUCCUUGUCGGUAUUUGAUCACCUUGUCUCAUCAGCUAAGCCCCACCAUCUAUCUAUCUUGCUAGUCAGGCCAUCUCACCCUUAUCCGUCUAACUACUUUAUCCUGCGCGCUCUUGCUCCAGCAGUGACUGGUUGUCAUACUUCCGACCACACCGAAAGACAGCUAGUCCAGCCAACAAGCACAUACAGUCGGAGCCAGAAGCUGGAACUGCCUUUCCCGGUGCAGGAAGUUCCAACGCGAUCUAGUUCAGCUGGGCUGAUCCCAUUCAAAGUAAAACCCGGUCAAAUUCCACUCAAACCACCGUUUGCUAAUCACUUCGCCGCGCGAUUCCCAGAUACAAAUCACUGUUGAAGCAUCCCUGCGCGUCUAGGUCACUGACAGUGGUUCAUAGAUUGAGUACCAGCCUGAGGGACGCGUCGAGAGCCGUUUCUCAAGGCGCAUAAGGCGCGAGUCGAUAUGUUCUAUAGCCAUGAGAUUCUUACUUCUCCUGAACAUGGAGUUGCUACGGUUUGGCUUGUUGCCACCUUGGGCUCGAAAUCCGUCACGAGAAAGUUGAACAAGAAGACUAUACUGGAUGUGGAUGUUCCCAAGACGUGUGGUGUCAUAAUGGACCCGGUGGCGCCGAUGGCUUUAAGGCUUCAAGGAAAUCUGCUGUAUGGGGUGUCGAGGGUAUACAGCCAACAGUGUGGAUACACCCUCACCGAUGUCCAAGCAAUGCAUGACAGAAUGAGAGCUCUGUUGAAGGUUCUUCCUGGAGGGGGCCUUGACCCUACAGCAGGAAAGGCUAGACCAGAUCAGCUCAUUCUACCCUAUGAUCCGAGUUUCCUUCCUGAAAAUAACCUCCCUGGCUUAGGACUAGAUUUUUCAAGUUUGAAUCUGUCGAUCGAUUUGAACCUGAGCCAACAAUCAAGUCGGAUGUGGCCUCAGACUCCUGAUCUUAGCCAAUCUGCUCUCUCUCAGACCGCCAGCCUGAAACUAGACUUGUCUUCUAACAGAUCAUUUGGGGACAUAGAUGGUUUCAGCGCGGUUACUAGUGUGAGUCGGUAUGGAGGGAUAGGCAUCGAUCUCGGCGGCAUCGAGUCCCUCCAGUAUGGUGAGGAAUCCGGUGUGAUCCUGCAACCUGACUUUGAAUUCGAUGAAGAUGGAAAUCUUAUCGAGCUUGCUGGAUCCGAUCAGCCUGAGACAAGAUUGCAAGGGAACAUCCCAGCCAUGGAAGAAAGAGCUGCAGAUGACAUGGAAGUUGACGUGGUAGAAAACAUUGUCAUGGAGGAUCAGCUAGUUUUGCUUGACGAAGAAUUCAAAAGAGAACUAUCAGGUCUAAAACCGAAAGCCGAAAACGUUGACAUGCAGAAGACCACUUACAACCGCGCCUCUAUAUUUGACCAGGUAAUGGAGGAUGAAGAUGCUGUGGACUCGAAUGCGGCAUUGCAGCAAAAGAGAAGAGGCCCCAAGGUCAUUGGAUUAGAUGACCAAAUUGCACUGCGAAACACUGAAAUGGCCCAAUUGAAUAAUAACUAUGUGCAGAACAUGGCAGCAGCCUCGAAGCAGAAGCAGAGAAACAAGCUUCCAACUUUGGCAAAGAAAAAGGCUGCUUUCUGGGUCUUCGGUCAAGGCAUUGGUUCUGUCGGUGUGGGCGUGGGGGUGUCUCAUGUCAAGCAUCCAUUGCAUUCUUUCUCAGGGGACCAACUAUAUGAAAAGCUCCAGGAUAAAUCGAAUGGUCGAGUACGCAAGCGUGUUCAUUCAUCGAUCGAAGAAGGGGAUCCCAAUAUCGAUACACGACGGGUACGCCCAAGGGUGGAGGAUGAUAAUCAGAUCGGACGUCACGACGACAGGUUAUGGAAUGAGGAUGUCGAAUACGGUCGCAAUGCACCACCCUCUCUUCGCGAUGACCACUCCAUCCAAAUGCCAUGGAACAUCACAGCAUCUAUUCAAAGCUCUCGACAGGGCUCGUCUGCUGCGAACAUCUUCCGCGGAUUUGGCAGCGCCAGUGACUUUUCAUCACAUGGAGUUUCAGAGACUGGAUUUGGAAGAGCACGCAGCCGUCUCACAAGCGCAAGUCCCCUUGCUGGCCGUGGGUUUCCUUUUGACGCUGAAGCGCUCAAUGUUAUCUCGAUUCCUGGAAACGAGAUGGGUGAGUUGGAGAACCUUGACGACUUUGACAUUUCCCAGUAUCUACACACCGAGCUUGCAACGGAGAAUGGUGGAGCCUUUGACGAGGAUCACAUAAUGGAAGCAGAAGACCAUGGAACACACUCUGUUGUUCAGGGCCUGCAAGUACUCAAUGAUGACUCACAAAAGUCAACACUUGACCAAGAGAGCUUGAACCUCCUUAAGUACUUGGAAUCCAUAUUCAUGACCACGACACCUGCAAAUGAAGAGGUAGGCUAUGACCCGAAUGUUCCAGCCGCGGAAAAUCGACCAGUGGCAUUCUCCACACUUCUCCCUCCGCAGAAGACCUCUCACAUCGUGGCUACUCAGGGCUUCAUGCAUGUGCUUACACUUGCAACUAAAGGUAUACUUUCGGUAAAACAAGAAGCAUACGAAGACCAAAGCACUGAAGAAUAUGGCGUGCGAUAUAAGUACGGAGAGAUUCACCUAUGCAUACCAGGAUUGUAGGAGGCUACUACAGCACAACAUUAAUUAUUCGUUAUCAUACCUGUAGCUGCAGAAACCCCCGUCUGUAUUGAGUGCUCAUUUUCUAUACUAUUUCCUACUCUUGCUUGUUUUGAGUAGAGACAUGCACAUGUCACUCUAUUCUAUCCAUGUUUUCCUUUACAUGUUGUGGGUUACAUUCCUCUAAGAUUCUCGAAUAGCUGAUCUAUCAAAUUUACUAC